UUAUUCUGAAAGAGCGCAGCCGAAGUGGCGUCGCAUUGCAGGUAGACGUCACUUCCGCCUGUCCUACUGUGAUGGACACUCAGAAGGAAGCUCUGCGCCGCAUCAUCAACACACUGGCCAAUAAGAAUGAAGAGCUGCAGCAUUUCCUGGACUCGGUUGACGGCACUCAGACGGGCCUGCAGGAGGAGUCCUGCAAGGUGAUGUCAGAGCUGGAGGCGGAGCUAGAGAAGCUAAGCUCUGCCUUGGAGGAAAGAGGAACUCAGCUCCGUGACAUCAUCAAAGAGGAGAAGCGAAGGAAGGAGGCGGAGCUUCAGCGGCAGCUCUCCGAGGGGAAGGCCGCCCUGCUGUCCUGCCAGGAGCUGCUGGAGUUCGCCAACCAGUCGCUGACCAUUACCAACGAAGAAGAGUUUCUAACGGCAGCCAAGCAGAUCAAAGAGCGGGUAACAAUGGCUCCGGCGUUUCGGAUGGCCACUCGGCCCGCGGUGUCAGAAAACAUGUCGCAGUUUACUGUCGACUUCAUUGGCGAGAAGGCGGGGCUUCUGCGCCUUAACUUCCUGCCAGUUCCCAGAGCUCCAGAGAUCGACGUCUCCAGCUGCGUCGUCCGUGACAACAGCAUCACCGUCGCCUGGCGACCGAGCGACGGUGACGGACCAAUCGAGCGCUACGAUCUGGAGCAUCGUAAGGCAAACCGCGGCAGUGCCCUGAGAGCCGCGGGGGAGGCCAGCUGGGAGAAGAUCAGUGACAUCACAGACACUCAGGUGACGCUCUCAGGUCUGAAGUUUGAUUCGCCAUUCGUCGUCAUCCGAGUCCGGGCGCGAAACAAGGCUGCCGCCGGAGACUUCUCUGAGCCUGUCGCCAUGGAAACCAAAGCGUUUACCUUUGGCUUCGACACGGCGACGGCUCACGCUGAGCUCAAGAUCCAGGGCGACACGGUCACAUGGGAGCCCCAGGGGGUCAAAGGUCACGACGCACGGCUCCGGGGCAAAGAGAAUAAAAACAGCAGCCGGAGCGCCACUCCGUCGCCCAAUAAGACGGCAGGAAGUCGAGGCGGACGCGAGCGAUUCGCCGGGGAGGCCUACACCGUGCUGGGCGACCAGGAGAUCAAUGGAGGCUGUCACUACUGGGAGCUCCGCCCCCUCGCUGACUGGAAGUCGCUCAGUGUGGGCGUGGCCUACCGGGGCAGCUUAGGACGCUUCGACCAAUUAGGGAAGAGCUCCGCCUCCUGGUGUCUCUACGCCAGCCAAUGGCUGCAGAGCGCGCUGGCGGCCAAACAUGGCAACCGAGCGAAGGCCUUGGAUUGGCCGCUGCCUCAGCGAAUCGGCGUUUACUGCGACCAUGACAACGGAGAGCUGAUGUUCAUCGACGUCGAUCGGCUUCGCCUGCUGCACGUCUUCAGGAACCGCUUCCUGCAGCCGCUCGUCCCGGCCUUCACCGUGUGGUGCGGGGGAAUCUCCGUGGCAACGGGCCUGCAGGUGCCGAGCUUCAUGGGAAACUUUGUGUCGUCCAAUCACAGCACGGCGGCGGAUCAAUCACUCUGAUUAGAUAUUUAUUGAUUUUAUAUUAAUUAUAGAAAAUAUUUCUAGAAGCUUCUUGUAGAGGAAAUUAUAAUCUCUGCAGAUUUUAUGGAUUUGCUCAGACUUUUAUUGUAAAGUACUCUGGAAGAUGAGCAGAUUAACACCCUGACCUUUCACAUUAAAAGCAUUAAGUAUGAUGCUC